AUGAAGUUCAACCCAAGAGUAUCGAGCAGCCGCCGUAAGAGCCGGAAGGCUCACUUCACGGCGCCGUCGAGCGUGCGGCGGGUGCUGAUGAGCGCUCCUCUUUCGGCUGAGCUCCGGUCCAAAUACAACGUGCGCUCGAUUCCGGUGAGGAAAGAGGACGAGGUGCAAGUGGUGCGUGGAACAUACAAGGGUCGCGAGGGGAAAGUGACGCAGGUUUACCGUCGCAAGUGGGUCAUCCACAUCGAGCGCAUCACGCGCGAGAAGGUUAACGGUUCCACCGUCAACGUCGGAAUCCACCCUUCCAAGGUUGUGGUGACGAAGCUGAAACUGGACAAGGAUCGCAAGGCCAUUCUCGAUCGCAAGGCCAAGGGCCGCGCCGCGGCUGACAAGGAGAAGGGCACCAAGUUUGCUCCAGAAGACAUUAUGCAAACCGUGGAUUAG